AGAAAUAUUCAGCGUAUACGUGAUCUACUAGCUAUGGAGGAGGACGAAAGAAGAGCAUUGUUGAGAUCCCAAACUGACGAGGAAUAUACAGACAUCAUGAAUGUGUGCGCUACAUUACCUAAUGUAGAAAUGGUUAUCAGAUCUGAAGUAUUGGAUGAUGAUGAUAAAUCUAUCACGGCCGGCAGUAUAGUCACGGUAACCGUUACAUUGAAGAGACGUAACAUGAUUGAUAAUUUUGAUAUUGACAAGUUAACUGGUGAAUCAGGAGAAAUUAUAGAAGAGGAUGAGGAAAAUGAAGACAAGAUAAAAGAUGAUGCAGAGGAUAAUGAUGAUAGCAAGGCAGUUGAAGUCCAUAAUGAAAACAAACCAAAAGCCUGGCAAAAACAGAGUAAAGGAAAGAAAAAACCUGCAAAAGCAAAGGGAAAGAAGACUAAACAACCCUACCAGUGGAAGAAACCAGCUGUUCAAAAUGUUGGUGCAAAAUCAGAACAAGAGAACGCUGGAAAUGAUGACCAGGAGGAAGGUGCAGAGGAGAAAGAUGAUGAUGAAGAUGUUACAGAGUCAGAAAACGAGUCAGAACCAGAAGAAGAGAAAGCUGUUGCAACGAAGAAGAAAUCUAAGAGAACUAGAAGAGAGACCGAGAAUGAUGAAGAUGAUUGGGAAAAAUUUCAGGAAGAGUCCAAGAAAGAGAACUCCCUUGAAACCAAGAAAAAAGAGAGUCACCCAGUUCACUGCCCUUACUUUCCUGAUGAGAAGCAAGAAGGUUGGUGGUUAUAUGUGGCUGAUAGGAAGAAACAUAUGUUGAUUACAGCACCUGUACAGAUAUUGUCCCUCAAAACUGUGGAAGAGAUGCAGUUAAAGUUUUCAGCUCCACCCAAACCGGGUAUUUACACAUAUAACAUCAUUUUAAGAUCAGACAGUUAUUUUGACUUUGAUCAGGUUCACAACAUUAAGUUGGAUGUGAAGGAGGCGAAGUUAGUAGAGGACCACCCACAGUGGGAUAUCUCAGAUACGGAGGACGAGGCCGGGGACCACGAUGCCGAGGCCAGUAACGACUCGGACUACUCUACAGAUAUGGAUGAUUCUGACGAUGAAUAAACUAAUUAGUCACUCACUCAUAAACUUCAGAAUUCAGUGAUGCAUGAAGGCUUGUUGCUUGCUCUGUGAUCAACAUAAUUUUGUUUAUAUACUGUGUAUAAAUGAUAUGGGUAGGGCAUAUUUAUCAGAUACAUUGUUCAAGAUAUUUUACCAAGCAGGAUCAACAGUGGUCCUAAGUGGUAUAGGUUUGUUUGUUUCUGUGGUGUACAAAGAACAGAUCUGUUUGUAUAUCGCAUGCAGUGAUAGUUGAUAAAUUUAGAAAUGUUUUAUGGUAUAUUGAGUGAAUGUGUGAAAAAUGAAAAUGUAAAUUAUUAUAUAUGAAAAUUGAACUCAUUUAUUUUGUAUUCAUCUUUGCUGGUAUAUUGGUACUUUUUGUAUGUGUUCAGUUUAAGAUAUUUGUGCAUUAUAUAAAGCGUGAACUUGUAGUAUUAAGAAACCAUUGUUUGCUAUUUAAAGGCAAUUUACAUGCUCGUUGAGCCAUAAACAUAUAGGUGUUGUCUAUCAAAAUUAAAUGAAAGAUGAAAUUGUAACGCAGUCCUUUGAAGUGCCAAUAAGUUUUGUUUUUGAAUAUUCUCUAUAAGUUGGUUUUUUUUCUAAUGAGAGCAGUUAAAAAACUUUCAUAAUGUUGUGUUAUUCUUUUUGAUUUACCUUCAGAAAUGGUUACCUGCCAUUUGAUCUUAGAUUAACUUUGUGUUCACAUUGAAUUGUAAGUUAACAAAACAGGAAUGUACUGCAUGGAUAUGUCUUUCUGUUUAACUAUGAUUUAUGCAUUACCAUUCAAUAAAUUCAUAAGUAUUAUGAAUGAAUUAUAUUUUCUUCUUAGAAACUACAUGUAUUUAGCUUGUUUAAACAUACUGAAUUAAUAUCAUUCAAGAAAAUUUACAGGGUAUAUUAUCACAAGGGUCUGAAAUUAGUAAAGUGUUGAUGGAUCUAUCUUAAUUUUCCUAAUAUGACGGGGUUUACUGUAAGGGUCUUAUCUGUAUAUAAACAUUUGUAACUGGUGCUGGAACCAUGUAUCUACCAUGUCAUUGUAUAUAAAUACUGAAAUCAUCUUUGACUCAAUAUGAAGUGUUCAGAGACAUAAUUACAGUUAAACUUGUCUGUGAAGUCCAGUUGUAGGAAUUGGAAAAUAUUUUUGUUAAUGAUUGAUUUCUCAAGAUAUGUUCAAGCAGAACACAAUUGGUAAAUAAAAUACAGAUUUCGUAGACAAGAUUUUUUUUAAAAUGUGAGCUAACAUAGACAUUUUCCAUUGACCUGAUAAUAGUUUGUGUUAAGUAAUCUAGCUACCUUAAGUCAGAUCACAAAUUCAUCAUUAAUGUUAGCAGAAACAACAUCAGAUUAUUAUCAUCAUUGUGUCAUUUAUUUAUUGUAUUGUUUACUAAUGUUGUACUUUCUUGAAUUGAAAUGUGGUCACAUGUUUUGCAAGCCAUAUUUUAUACUAGUUAUUAAUUGUACAUAGACAUAAAUUAUUAAGAUGUUUAUAUAUUAUUAUGUAAUUAUUGUCUCAUCAUUUCUUCUAGUGCUAAAUGUUAUUUUGUAUUCCCUACUUAAGCUACUAUCCCAUAAACAAUGAUUUAAGCUCUCUUUUUUAAAGUUACCAAAAGAUAAAACUACUCACAUGAAACUAUAUGACCUUUACAUUUCUUGCUCCCAGAAAUUUAAUAGGUCAUUAAAGACACUUUAAUCCUGCUUUAGUAUCAACCCAGUGCAACAAAAUGUUUUUGUGGGUUAGUAGCUUGAAAUAUAGAGACUAUUGUAAUAUUUUGAAUGAUAAGCCAUACAAAUAGUAGUGAUUAUUCUAGACUUGAAAAAGGGGCAGGGAGGCAUCAAAAAGGGGCAGGGUGGAACAUGUGUCAAUACAGAUAGUUUAUGACGUUAUGAUAAUCAUGGUCAGAUAACUCAUAUCUUAUCAGUAGAUUAAUUACCUCCCUUUAUCUCAACACUUUCUGUGUGGUGUUUAUUUUCUAUAUUUAUGGUGAUAGUGUCAAUAGUGUGCAUCAGCUUCUUAUGAUUCACAGAAAUGAUAAAUACCUUGACAUUGAGAGAACUCUUAAAAAGUGGCACAGCUUAAAACCAAGACAGAUAAACUAAGAACUGUUUGUGACUG